UCCAGUGGGUGGCCGGACGGCGACCAUCAGGGAUGUGAAUGGGAGGAUUGCAAGGACAGAGAGGGAAUGGAUGCUGCUGCUGCUGGGACUGAGUGAUGAAGCAAAUGAUAGAAUUAUAGAAGCCAUGAAGAGUUUUCUGGAAAAGAUGUGGUGUGCAAGAAAUAGGGAAUUGGAAGAUUUGUAAUGGAUACUGCUUGUGUUGUUUUAUUUUUACAGGGUGUGCCGAGACGAAGGCCUGACUCUCCAACGGGUCACCUGUACAGCAAGAGCAAGAGCAAGAGAGGCCGGUGCAAAGUACAGUGUUACGAAGUGUGUUUUCUUUGAAGAAACAAUGACUGAAAGUCGUACUAAAACUUUUUCAGAUGAAAUUACUAUCAAAAUUGGAUCCCGAGAGAGUGAGCUGGCCUUGAAGCAGACCUACGUAGUGAAAGAUGCACUGCAGAAAGUCCACCCACACCUCAAGUUUGAAAUUAUAACUAUGAAGACAAAAGGGGACAAGAUCUUGAAUGUGGCACUUUCCAAAAUUGGUGGUAAAAGUCUCUUUACAAAGGAACUUGAAGUCGCAUUAGAGGAGAAACAAGUGGACAUUGUUGUCCAUUCUCUCAAGGAUCUUCCCACCAACCUACCAGAGGGGAUGGUAAUAGGAGCAAUAUGUGAACGUGAGGACCCAAGGGAUGCUGUCAUAAUGCAUCCUAAACAUGCUGAUGCCUCACUAGCCACACUCCCUAAAGAUGCUGUUAUUGGGACAAGCUCUGUGCGUCGGACUGCACAGCUAAAGCGAAGGUUUCCUGACCUGCUAUUCAAAAGUGUGAGAGGGAACCUUAAUACUAGGUUUAGGAAGCUUGAAGAAGGAGACACUUAUGAUGCUCUCAUUCUAGCAGCUGCUGGUGUGCUGAGAAUGGGCUGGCAAGAAAAGAUUUCUGAGUAUCUUGAAGAGGACACCUGUAUGUAUGCUGUUGGUCAAGGGGCACUGGCUGUGGAAUGUCGGGAGGAUGAUUCUACAGCCUUGGCAUUACUGUCCUCUUUAGGUCACUGCAAUACCACAGUAACUGCCAUUGCAGAACGUGCCUUCAUGCAUACCUUGGGGGGAGGCUGCUCAGCCCCUGUAGCUGUUUCCUCAAAGGUUGCAGAAAAUCAUCUGGAUCUUCAAGGUGGUGUUUGGAGCUUGGAUGGUAGUAAGGAACUACGCCACACCAUGACAACCCUGCUAGCUAAGCCAGACUCUUCCUCAGAUCUAUCAGAGCACCCGACAAAAGUGGCCAAAAUGUCUACUACAUAUUGUGGUGUGGUAUCUCUGCAGGGACUAGACCACCACAUGAGUCAAGCUUAUAGGUUGGGAUUAUCACUAGCCAGGUAUCUAACUAGCAAAGGUGCUGAUCAAAUUUUGAAAGAUGCCAAAGAACAAAAUAAUGCUAAUAUUACUGACAGUAAUCCAAACUCACCUCUUGAAAAGAAAGAGGCAGAAUUUAAUAGCUCAGAUUUGUAAAACAACAUUCAAACAGUAAUAAUAUAUAUAUAUUUUUAAUUGGUGUGUACAUACUAAAUUUAAAGUUCUUUGGCUUCAACUUUGAUAUGCCUCCAUGGUGCAGGGGUUAGUGUGCAUAUCCACAAAUUCUUAGACCCAGGCUCGAAUCCCUGCCCUGCCAGACAGCAUGCAGCUCACCCAUCUAUUCAUCCUUCCUUUCGGGCUGGCCGCUAAAUGGGUACCUGGGAAACCUGGGGAAGGUAAAACUGUGAUAACCAAGAUGUUACACUGGCCCUGUGUCCCAGGGGUAAUGGGCUCUUUCUUACCCACUGCAAGCUCAAGAGCCAAUGCAACAGAGAUGAGCAUCAAGGUCAUGUGCAGCUAUAGCAAUUAGCAUAUUCCCCCAACUGUACCUCUACAAUUCAAUUUUGAUUUUGCUCUUCAAUGUAGACAUUAUAAAGAUGGGUUUGUAGUUCAGAGAUGCAAGCAAAAUAUGGAAAAAAUAUAAAGAUAAUAGUAACAAAAGUGCAUCGCGAGUCAACUGCAGACAUUUGUGGUUGAGGUUACUUUGGCUGAUUAUUGUAUAUGUAGAUGAGGCUGAAGCACACUAGACCUCAUGUCUUUUGUUGCAGUUUAUGCUCCUACUCGCUCAUUCUAUUAUUAUUAUUUUUUCUUUGCUCAAACUUUCUUUCCAUUUAAAAACUUUCUGUAAAAAGUAAAAACUCCACUUUGGAUGAUUCAGGGUAUAUUCCUCGCACUUAUCCCCCCUCUGACUCCAUUGUGCCUGUUAUUAAAAUUCUUAAGAGCGA